GUGAACAAUAUUACUGCACUGUGCGGCUGCGCUAUAAUGUGAACUGAGUGGUAUGGUGCGGGAAACAGACCAAUCGCACCAACAUUCUUCUGAUGGCGGAUGAUUCCGACGAAGAGAGUCGAGGUACUAAACUUGUGACCAACCAACCCUAUGAUGAGUCCUUAGAGAUCCCAGACGCUGAGGAGGUUGCAUCUCAGUACACACCCAGCCCCAGGCAACCUGGUACUCUCCCAGCUCGUGGGAGUAGUCUGCACACCGGUGGCAUCAGGGGCAUAGCCUCACCAGGCUCAAUGGACGACAAUUCAGACGACGAUUUUGAACAGGGUCCCAUGGAAACAAAGGAUUUGGAUGAAUCUUAUCAGAUAGCUCAAAUGAUAAGCCCCGCCCAGCCCAUUUCCCAGAUUCCACAGCAGCGGCAAGCUCCGGCAAGGCAGCAGGUGCCGUCGGACGAUGACGACGAUGAAGAAGACGAUGAUGAUGAUGAUGAAGACGGGAGUGACUCGUCUGAGGAGGAUGAAGAGGAGGAGGAGGGAAGAAAUAUGGCUCUAGAGGGAGCGUACGAUCCAGCCGAGUAUGAGAACCUACCAGUCAGCUCCGACAUCAAGGAGCUGUUCCAGUACAUCACUCGCUACACGCCUCAGACCAUAGAGCUGGAACACAAGCUGAAGCCGUUCAUUCCCGACUACAUUCCAGCAGUGGGCGACAUUGAUGCCUUCAUCAAGAUCCCACGUCCAGACAACCAGCCGGACACCUUGGGCCUGACGGUCCUGGACGAACCCUGCGCUAAGCAGUCGGACCCCACAGUCCUAGACCUGACACUGCGGGCCAUCUCCAAGCAGACCACUACCAAGGCCAUGCAGGUCCGCAGCAUCGAUGAAGCCAGCAAGAACCCCAAACUGGUGCAGAACUGGAUCGAGAGCAUCAGCAACCUGCACCGAUCCAAGCCGCCGCCGACUGUCCACUACAACAAAACAAUGCCGGACAUCGAGUCCCUGAUGCAGGAAUGGCCGCCAGAGUUUGAAGAGCUCCUGAAGCGAGUGGGUCUCCCAACGGCCGACGUUGCCUGUGAUUUGGACCAAUACGUGGACAUGGUCUGCGCCAUCUUGGAUAUACCUGUCUACCAGAGCAGAGUCCAGGCUCUGCACGUCCUCUUCACACUCUACUCCGAGUUCAAAAAUUCACAGCAUUUCAAGAACCUAGCUGAAGAGAACAAGCUGGACAACAAGUUGAAGAACCGGGGCGGGGCGGAUGACGAUGGGGACGACUACGGUGGCGCUUCCGGGGCGGGAGGCGAGGACACCGAUAGAUUAGUUUUCUGAAAUCCUUUGGCUUUUUCGUAAAUUUUCCGUUUUUUUGACACACCUACAGUUGUAGUCAUGUAAACCACUGACUGAUCAUUUUGCUUUUGUGAACAAGUUGUGGGGACCCAAAUUCACGGUGCUGCUAAGCAGUUAUUAGUCUUUCUUGAUUAAAAUUAAUUGCUAAACAUUUGGACAAGAACCUAAUGGUAAUUUUUUAUGCAAAAGCUGCUCGGAGAGUGUCAACAUCUUUCACUAAAAAAGAAUGCACUGCUUUUAAAAAAAAACUUGGCAUAUUUGCGCUGGGUGGACAACAUCCGUGAAUGGUCAGGGUGUGACACCAACUAACUGAAAGCAGCAACACUGGAAAGACGGGCUGUGGUGGGAGCGGAGCCAGUGAUCCCAACUGUGUAUAAUUUGAGGAAGAGGCCACGGGCAAAUGCCAAUGU